AAACACAUAAAAAAAUCUGAGUCGACAAAAGAAACAGGUAACAGUUCUCCACAGACAUUAGCUAGCGCUAGCUAACAAGUUGUGUUGUCUUGUUUUAGACGAUGGAGGAAGAUGAUGUGAGUGGUGCGUUCAGAAACGCUCAUUGUGAGAGUGGGAGCGCACUCUGACACAAACUGGAGCGUUGAUAAAUUGGGAGCGCUGUCUGAAUGUAGCGUUGGGUUAUCCAGAGCAGCGCACUCUCAGAGUGGCAGAGCGCACUCUGGACACUCUGUCUGUGGAGACGGAGCAGCAGAGCGCCGAGCGGAGUGAAUGUGUGAUUAACUUAACCGUUGGUUCAUUCAUGUAGAAAUAUAACGCUGCGUUCUCCCUGUGUCAGCGUGGGUUUCCUCCAGGUGCUCUGACAUGUUCUCCCUGUGUCAGUGUGGGUUUUCUCCAGGUGCUCUGACAUGUUCUCCCUGUGUCAGCGUGGGUUUCCUCCAGGUGCUCCGACAUGUUCUCCCCGUGUCAGCGUGGGUUUCCUCCAGGUGCUCCGACAUGUUCUCCCCGUGUCAGCGUUGGUUUCCUCCAGGUGCUCUGACAUGUUCUCCCUGUGUCAGUGUGGGUUUCCUCCAGGUGCUCGGACAUGUUCUCCCCGUGUCAGCGUUGGUUUCCUCCAGGUGCUCUGACAUGUUCUCCCUGUGUCAGCGUGGGUUUCCUCCAGGUGCUCUGACAUGUUCUCCCCGUGUCAGCGUUGGUUUCCUCCAGGUGCUCCCACAUGUUCUCCCUGUGUCAGCGUGGGUUUCCUCCAGGUGCUCCCACAUGUUCUCCCCGUGUCAGCGUUGGUUUCCUCCAGGUGCUCUGACAUGUUCUCCCUGUGUCAGCGUGGGUUUCCUCCAGGUGCUCCCACAUGUUCUCCCCGUGUCAGCGUUGGUUUCCUCCAGGUGCUCUGACAUGUUCUCCCUGUGUCAGCGUGGGUUUCCUCCAGGUGCUCUGACAUGUUCUCCCUGUGUCAGCGUGGGUUUCCUCCAGGUGCUCCCACAUGUUCUCCCUGUGUCAGCGUGGGUUUCCUCCAGGUGCUCUGACAUGUUCUCCCCGUGUCAGCGUGGGUUCUCUCCGGGCACUCCGGCUUCCUCCCACAGUCCAAAGACAUGCAGGUUAAUUGGUGACUCUAAAUUGUCCGUAGGUGUGAAUGUGAGUGUGAAUGGUUGUUUGUCUCUAUGUGUCAGCCCUGUGAUAGUCUGGUGACCUGUCCAGGGUGAACCCUGCCUCUCGCCUGAUGUCAGCUCCAACAGGACAAGCAGAUACAGCAAAUGAAUGAAUAAAAAGAAAAAACACUACACUGUGUUUAUUAAAUGUUGUCCAGAAAGAAAUAUUUUUAACACUGCACAUGUGUAUAUAUAACUUUAAUGCUGAACUUGUUCAAAGUUCAUACAUACCAAAUAUUUAAUUGUGUUCCUUUUAGUUUUUGAGAUACAAACAUUUUCUUAUCAAACUAUUUAUGGUUUUUUAAUGUGAUUAAAACACAAUAGUCUCAUCAGGUGCCCAACGAUAAAAAAAAUAGUUCAUUCAUUUUCUGUAACCAUUUAUCCUGCUGGAGGUCACAGGGGGGUGGAGCCUAUCCCAGCUGACAUUGGGUGAGAGACGGGGUUCACCCUGGACAGGUCACCAGACUAUCACAGAUAAAUAAAAACUCACUUUUCAGCACAAUGGUUUGACUGAUAUUGAGACUUUGUUCUCAGAGAACAGCUCUGCUAAAAGAAAUUCAAAAUUCCAGUUGUGGGCACAAAUGAAUAGUUCAGCAUUUUGUAAAUUACGCUUCGUCAUAUUCUUUCUGAGAGUGAGAUGUUCAGAGGAGAGAUGUACCAAAACUCAAACAUCUGAAACAUGACGAGGAGGCAUGGCCUGAAGAUUUGAUUUGAAGAUUUCAUUAAAAAAAAAAUCUUUUAAAUUACGUUGUACUUUAUAAACUUUGAUGUCUUUAAUGUAAAGUCUUGACACAGCUGUCAGAUAAAUGCAGUGGAGUGAAAAGGUCAGUGUUUCCCUCUGAAUGUGGUGGAGGUCUAAUACCUUGUAUAAACUUCAGUAACGUACUUGCAGUAAAUGUACUUUGUAGAAUCAAGGAC